AUGCGCCAGGGGGCCGACACGGAGCCCAAGCUGCAGGAGGCGAUUGACACCUGCCCCGUCAACUGCAUCCACUGGGUCACCGCGCCGCAGCUGUCGCUGCUGGAAGCGGCAAUGGAGAAGAUGGAGCGCAUCGCGGUUUGGGCCCUCAUGGCCGGCAACGGCAGCGGGAAGGACGUCUUCAACGAGGCGUCCAUCGCCUGGGAGAAGCGCCAGGCCGCGGUCAGGGCGCGUCUCCAGGAGGAGGAGACCCGCGCCGGCUGGGCCAAGUUCUCGUGGUCCGCCCAGAGCAUGGGCUUCGCCGGUUUCGGCCGCAACGGCGCCGCCGGCGCCAACUUCUACUCCCAGCCGCGCAGCAACGCCGGCAGCGCGACCAGCAGCACCGACGGGGGCGAGUCGGACGCGGGGGACGGGGCGGACCCGUUCGGCGGCGCUGGCGGCGGCGGGCGCGAGCGGCAGCGGAUCGCGCAGCUGGCGGCGCGCGCGGCGCGCGCGGCGCGGCAGUACCAGCAGUGGCGGGAGGUGUACGACCGGCGCAAGCGCGUGCUGAUCGCCGCGUCGACCUCGGCGGGUGGGGAGUCCGAGGUUGAGUGA